UGUGUGUUUAUAUAUAGGUGAUCUUGGUCCUCUUCAGGAAGAGCAAGUUGUAGUCUGAACUUGAGGACUAGAAUAUAGGAUAAGAGGAUGGCUGAAGAUGAAAAGAAGGGCACAAGCUCAUACAGGCUAUAUUGCUCCAUAAAAUGCUUCCAAAAACCAUCAUCACCGGAGCAGAAGCACGGCAACCUUGCAGAAACUGAGCAGAAGAAGCCCGGAGGAUGGAGAGCCAUGCCUUUUAUCUUAGGAAAUGAGACUUUUGAGAGGCUGGCUACUUUUGGCUUGUUAGCCAACUUCAUGGUGUAUUUGAUGAGAGUCUUUCACUUGGAGCAGGUGACUGCUGCAAACAUCAUAAACAUCUGGUCUGGUGUAACUAAUUUCGCACCGUUGGUUGGUGCAUUUAUCUCUGAUGCCUAUGUGGGCAGGUUUAAGACCAUUGCUUUUGCAUCCUGUGCAGCUUUCCUGGGAAUGGUGACAGUGACUUCGACGGCAUGGGUGCCUUAUCUUCACCCUCAAAAAUGCGAGCCUGAAGGAAAGCAGCAGUCUUAUGGGAACUGUGAAAGUCCCACCAGCAUGCAAUUGGGUGUUCUGUUGCUUGGCUUAGGGUUCCUAUCUAUCGGAACAGGUGGGAUUAGGCCAUGCAGCAUUCCGUUUGGUGUUGAUCAGUUUGACCCUACAACUGAAGAAGGGAUAAAAGGGAUUAGCAGCUACUACAAUUGGUAUUAUACAACCUUCACGGUGGUGAUGUUGAUCACUUUAACCGCAGUGGUAUAUGUUCAAGACUCUGUUAGCUGGGUUUUGGGUUUUGGAAUACCUACUGUGCUUAUGCUCUGCUCCAUCAUACUCUUCUUCAUUGGAACAAGGAUUUAUGUGCAUGUAAAGCCAGAAGGAAGUGUUUUCUCUGGCAUUGCACAGGUUUUUGUUUCUGCUUAUAAAAAGCGCAGGCUUAAGCUUCCUGACAAUUGUGAUGGAGAGCAGGUUGAUGGGAUCUUUUAUGAUCCUCCAAUUAAAGAUCAUUUAACAAUAUUGUCAAAGCUCCCUCUUACCAAUCAGAUCAGGUUUUUGAACAAGGCUGCAAUGAUAGAGAAAGAAACUGACCUCAAGCCAGAUGGUUCGUGUGCGAAGCAAUGGAGAUUGUGCAGUGUCCAACAGGUUGAAGAGGUAAAAUGCCUGAUAAAAAUAGGUCCAAUAUGGGCUUCUAGUAUUGUUAGCUUGACUUCAAUGAUACAACAAGGAACAUUUACUGUGUCUCAAGCCUUGAAAAUGGACAGACACCUUGGAGAAAAAUUCCAAAUCCCAGCUAGUUCCAUCGUCGUCGUGUCGAUGAUAACAAUAGGAAUAUGGCUCCCAUUCUAUGACAGAGUCCUAGUGCCAGCCAUUCGAAAAGUUACAAAACAUGAAGGUGGAAUCACAAUUCUCCAAAGAAUUGGAAUUGGGAAUGUAUUCUCUGUUCUAUCAAUGGUAGUAGCUGGAUUGGUGGAGAGGGAGAGAAGGGCGGCAGCAAUUUCACACCCAGAGGCUGCACCCAUGUCAGUCUUUUGGCUAGCUCCACAACUUGUGGUAAUGGGGUUAUGCGAGGCAUUCGUUGGCACUGGACAAAUUGAAUUUUACAACAAGCAGUUUCCUGAUCACAUGAGAAGCCUCGGCAACUCUCUUUUCUUCUGCUCAUUUGCUGGUGCAAGUUACCUUAGUACCAUGGUGGGCAGCAUUGUUCAUAAGGUUACUGGAACGAGACACCAUCCAGACUGGCUGACAAAUGAUCUAAAUGCUGGGAAUUUGGAUUACUUCUACUUCCUUUUGGCAGGAAUGGGGGUUGUCAAUUGGUUUUAUUUUCUGCUUUGUGCUCAUCGAUAUCGUUACAAGGUCAGCACUGUACUAAAUAUGGGAGACAAACUAAUCCCACUAUGAAGUGAACGAGCUGAAAAACGAAGAUGGGUUCCGGUUCCAGCUGUUGUCUUGCCUGCUUGAUCAUGUAUCAUAAUUAAACAUAAUAUAUGAAUACUAUUUGAAUAAGACUCGUAGACAAGGCAUAUGGCUGCCUGUUCUUAA